UCGAUCAUACUGAUAAUAUUUCGUGGAUAGUUUUGUUCCGUAUAGCCAUGAAAAUCUUGUGGCUUCUAAUUUCGUGCUUUUUUGCACUGGCUCAUAGCCAGAAUUUCAAAGAUAAUAUUCAUUUUUUGGUUUACACUGUUGAUCCCAAUGUUGGACCACCAAAAAAUAGUUCGACCUCUGUCUCGAGGGAUCCCAUAGCGAUGGAAUGGUGCUCUGAGGAUGACUUAUUAGCAGUUACUACCCAUGGAUGGACGGAAAGUUGUGAAAAAGAUUGGAUGAUUGAUCUCUUAUCUAAUCUCACCGUGCACCGUGGGGGAUGCAUAAUUUGCAUGGAUUACAGCUACUAUGCAGCAGAUCCCACUUAUGUUAUUCUUCGAAGCCAAUUUGAUCAGAUUAAGGAUGUUCUGCGUCAGCAAUUGCUUGACUACAACUCUUAUGGAUUUCCAUAUGAAAAAAUGUUUUUGUUUGGAAUGAGCUUUGGGGCUCAUGUCAUUUUAGAAGGAGCUUUGGGGGUUGGUGAACAAGUCAUCGAAGAGAUUGAUGUUUGCGAUCCUGCCGGUCCUGGAUUUGAAUUAAUGCCAAGUGCUAUGCUAUCUGCUAAGAACGUUCAGACCAUUCACACAAGUUUGGGAAAGGGAAACGCUUAUAGGACUGGUCACCAGAAUUGGGAUCUGGGUAUUUGUGGAAUUGCUCAAGGAGCAGCUCCCUUGGACUCGCACAUAUUGUGCCCACAUAUGUACAAUAGUGCUUUCACACAUGUAUUCCAAACCGAAGAUAUACCACUCUUGUGUGUGGCAACGCUACUGAAUGCAGCUACAAAUGAACCGGAAGAUUAUCGUAUGGGAUAUAAGGAGAGGCGCAAGUACGUUCGUGGAUCACUUUGGGCGCCAACAACACGCACUUAUCCCUACAAUCAAUCCGAUUAAUCUACAUACUGUUGCUGAAAAUAUUGAGUCUUCUUUUAAUAUCAACGGUUUGUAGCAUUUCUUGGUCGGGUUGGUCGAGAGAUUUGGGACCUUUACUUUUAAAGUGAUUAAAAUUUAAAAAAUAUAUAGGGUAAGUGUGCCAAAUUUCGGCAUAGUUGCAUGCAAGCGCCAAAAUCUCAAGUUUUAAAUGUAAUAUUUUAAAUACAAA